UUUGUCUUCUGCAUUUCGCCACUUCUCUGCUGUCAUUAUUCAGAAUUAACCAAUUAACCGAACAGUGGACAGCUAUUGGGUGAGGGGUUCCACCUCUAUAAACCAUGCAUGCAUCUACCCCUCUAAAGAGAUGAUACGGAGUAAUACUUCCUUUUACGACACGAGGCUACAACUAUAUUAGUUAUCAGCAGAGAUAGAUUUUUUCCCUUCUCUCUCUCUCAUACGCUUUCUCAUCCAUCGAAAUCAAAAAUAUUUUUUUCAAAGAUUUACAGUUAUCGAAUUCAGAAUGAGCCUACAAGCUAUUAAAUACUCGAAUGGGCAGCUCCAUAUCUUAGAUCAACUGAAAUUACCCUUUGUGGAGGAGUAUAUUCCAAUCAGGACAGCCGAAGAAGGAUGGCAUGCAAUCAAGGAGAUGCAAGUGAGGGGCGCUCCAGCUAUCGCUAUAGUUGCUGCAUUAUCACUUGCAUCUGAACUUUCGAAACUUCUCACAGAUGAUGCAAUAACGACUAAUGCUGUCGAGGUUCAAAAUUUUAUUGUGGGAAAGUUACACUAUCUCAUUACGAGCAGACCAACUGCUGUCAACCUAAGUGAUGCCUGCCGGAAAUUGGAAAUUUCGGUAUCAGGAGAAGCAAAUCGACAUAAUGCAACCGGCCAAAGCGUGGCUCUGGUUUUUAUUCGAACAGCGGAAAGUAUGUUGGCGCAAGACCUAGAAGACAAUAAAAGUAUCGGAAACCACGGUGCCGAAUGGAUCAUAAAACAUGCGCUGUGGUCUGGAGAGUCACAAGCGACGGUUUUGACACAUUGCAACACUGGGUCCCUCGCAACAUCUGGCUAUGGGACAGCAUUGGGCGUAAUACGGUCGUUAGCGGAGAGUGACACUCUCCGCCACGUCUUCUGUACCGAAACAAGGCCCUACAACCAAGGUUCUCGUUUGACUGCGUUUGAGCUAGUUCAUGACCAUAUUCCCGCCACCUUGAUCACGGAUUCGAUGGCAGCAGCUCUACUUGCAAAGGAGGAUUCGAAAAUAAGCGCGAUCGUGGUUGGCGCGGACAGGGUAGCUGCCAACGGAGACACAGCCAACAAAAUUGGAACAUACAGCCUAGCUGUCCUGGCCAAGUAUCAUCAAGUGAAAUUUCUCGUUGCAGCCCCACGCACAACGAUUGACCUCGAAACAAAAUCAGGCAAGGAUAUCAUAAUUGAAGAACGCUCAGGCUCGGAAGUCACUAUGGUCAGAGGCCCUUGUGCAAAUAAAGGCGAUAUCAAAGAAACAAACGUCGAAACCAUAAGGAUUGCAGCAGAUGGGAUUAAUGUCUGGAAUCCUGCAUUUGAUGUCACACCUGCAACACUGAUUGAUGGUAUCAUCACUGAAGUUGGUGUUGUGGAGAAAAGCGACGACGGAACUUUUCACUUAGAUUCUAUAUUCGAGAGCUCUUCUCCUGUUUGA